UCGUUUCUGUUAAUUUUACAGUGUUACAUCUACUACAUGAUCAAUCUACGCAGUGCGCCUUUGCUGCGACCAUUUCUGAUAUUUGGCCUCAUGGGUCUUAUAUUGAUUGAUUCAUUUUCGCGAAUCAGUGGUUAUAAGAACCACUGGAGAGACAUUUGGGUCGGAUGGUUGAUCGGUUUUUUAUCGCUCUUUUUCUGUGUCACUCUGUCCUCUGUUUCCAAGAACACUAUUAUUACCCAGUAGAAAAACCGACGGAACUGGAGGAGCGCAUGAGUCCAUUCUUUCAGUGGUUCAGGUUACCACGUAUACGAGCACCUUCUCUGAAGGAGGAAUACACGGUCUACGAGGAAGACAUUCCACAACCAAUUGUUCCAGCAUCUACUGCAGCACGCCACCGUCGAAGCCAAGAUCGUACCUACGAAGUUACAACAACAACUGAAAGCUUUCAUCGUACCAUUUCUCCACCACAGCAACAACAACAAAACGGUUACGGUGGCUAUUGAAUUUCUUGAAGUCCACUGAAAAAUGUACACUUCUUUUAUCGACAUAAAAUACUG